UUCAAAGUUGGUCAUCAUUUUUGCCUGAAGUAUCAAAAAUGGACGUACAUAGAGAAUUACUAGAACGUUAUGUGGAACCGUGCAUGAAAGAGUAUGGAGUAGAGGAUGCAUCGAUAGGAAUUAGAUACCUUGAUAUCUGCAUUGGUGGCAUUGCCAACCACAGAUAUGAAAAUCACCUACGUAAUGCCAUCAGACAUAUCCAUGCUAUGAGACUAAGAAUUCGUAUAGGUGACGAUGGACUUCCAAUCGACUUUUCCUUGAAAGAACUGCAGAACUUUUUGAGAAAUGAUAGUGACUAUGCCCUGAAUGAUAUCAAAGCUGCUGUGGAUACGUGUUACAGUGAAGGAUACUUCCCUGAUCCAUUGGAAUGUGAAAAGAAAAUUCGCAGAAUGAAAGGUAUAGUGGAGCUUUGGAAGGAAAUGGAUGAAAAAGACAAAGAAAUCUCAUACAGCAGAGACGUCUUUGCUAAAACAAGGAAUGCAGCUGUUGGAGAACUAGCAGUUUUGAAAUUUUUAACCAGAAAAGAAACGAAAUGUGUGAAAAAUACCAUUCAACAGCAAGCUAUUGCCAUUCAGCAGAAGGAUGACACCAUCAAACAGCAAGCUGCCAUUAUUCAGGUGAAGAAUCACACCAUCCUACAGCAAGCUGAAGCCAAUAAGGAGAAGAAUUCUACCAUCCAGCAGCAAGCUGACACCAUUGAGCAGCAAGCCAGCACCAUCCAGCAGCAAGCCGACACCAUCCAGCAGCAAGCCGACAACAUUGAGAGGAUUAAAAGGCUUAUGGAAGAACGUGGCAUAAAGCUGGAUGAUCUGAUCAUGAAAAGCCUGUAAAGAGGCUCAAGUAGUCACUGUAAAUGGUAGUAACAUGUAUAAUUGAAAGAAUCUUUUUAUUAAUUAAUGAAAAAUUCUAUUCACUAUCAGAUUUG